UUGGUCCUAUGGCUUAUCGUUUGGCUUUACCUCCGGAACUUGAGAAGAUUCACAAUGUGUUUCAUGUGUCAAUGCUAAGGCGGUAUAGGUCAGAUCCUUCACACGUAAUUCCCCAUACUGAAAUUGAGCUUCAAACAGAUAUGACUUAUUCAGAAGAACCAAUGAAGAUUUUGGCUCGUGAAGUUAAAGAAUUGCGGAACAAAAGAGUACCAUUGGUUAAAGUAUUAUGGCAUCGACAUGGUAUGGAGGAGGCAACCUGGGAAACAGAGGAGUCAAUGAGAUCACAGUAUCCAAAUCUAUUUUCAGAUCAAGAAUCCAAAGAAGAACGAGGAAAAGAAAAAGUUAUACAAGGGUCUAACCAACACACUAGUUUGGCACCCAGUGCCUCAUCGGAUAAAUCCGAAGUAGUAACUGCGCCCAGCGCUUUAUAA